CUGAGUCAACGACACCUGCUCCAACAACUGAGGAAACAACGACACCUACCCCGACAACAACUGAAGCAACAAUGACACCUGCUCCAACAACUGAGGCAACAACGACACCUGCUCCAACAACUAAAGGAACCACCACCAUGGUGAUGUUCAGAUCUGUUCAAAGCACAUUUACAAGUGACUUGAACAAUCAAUCAUCUGCAGCAUUUAGAGAUCGAGUUUCAAUGAUAAAGACACAGCUUGAACCUGUGUUCCACACGGCUUUCCCUUCCUCCUUCUUGUCCCUGGACGUGGUGUCAUUCAGAAAUGGAUCAGUCAUCAAUGACGUGAACCUUCUCUUUGCAAGCACAUCUGUUCCUAAUAAUUUUGAGAUUGGGAUGGUUUUGAUCAAUGAUAGUUUAAACGUCACUGGCUUCGACAUUGAAAGUAGCUCAAUCAAAGUGAAUGGCACCCUAUAUUCUGAUGUACCUGCUCCCACAUCUGAGGCAACAACGACACCUGCUCCAACAACUGAGGCAACAACGACACCUGCUCCAACAACUGAGGCAACAACGACACCUGCUCCAACAACUGAGUCAACCACGACACCUGCUCCAACAACUGAGACCCAGAUCCACCAGAUCCUGUGGUUCCAGCAGUCCGUCAUCCCAGAGGCCACGAGGAAGGAGCUGGUUGAGGCCCCGGUGAGCUCGGAUGGGCUUUUCGGGCCUCAGUUCCGGUCCCUCGUCGACACUGCGAGGUCCGCAGCUCAGGAAGCUGAAGGCAUCAGACAAGGCACCGCUCAGCUUGUUUCUCCCACAUUACAUGGUACAGCUGCGGCCAGCCAGGCAGCCGUCACACUUUCUGGCUCUGCGGUCACGAGCAGACCCCCUUCCCUGUCGCCUGCCUCCACCCCUCCAGGGGAGCGGCAUGGCUAUGAGCCCACAAGCGUGGUAGUCCCACCUUGUGUGGACCUUGAGGCGACCGUGUCCUUCCUCUGCCUCCCUUUCUCCGGCGUCAGGGACGCGGACUGGCUGUAG